UUGGGGAAGAUGGCGGCGGCAGCGGCGUCCGGGCGGGGCGGGCUGGGGCGGGCGUGGGUCUUCUCCGGCUGGGCCCUGGGCCUGUGCUCGCUGCUGGCCUCGGGGACGCGGCCCGCCGCUGCCACCACCCACUGGGUGGUCACGGAGGACGGGAAGAUCCAGCAGCAGGUGGAUUCACCAAUGAACUUGAGGAACCCACAUGAUUUGGUAAUACUAAUGAGACAAGAAACAACAGUUAACUACCUCAAAGAACUGGAGAAACAGUUAGUUGCUCAAAAGAUUCAUAUAGAGGAAAAUGAGGACAGAGACACAGGGCUGGAACAAAGGCAUAAUAAAGAGGAUCCAGACUGCAUUAAAGCAAAGGUGCCCUUGGGGGACCUAGAUCUAUACGACGGCACGUACAUCACCUUAGAGAGUAAAGAUAUCCGCCCUGAAGACUAUAUAGACACAAAGUCUCCAGUGCCUCCAGACCUGCAGCAGCCAGACUGUACAAAAGUUCUAGAUCUUCCAUACAGUAUUCAUGCUUUUCAGCACUUACGGGGUGUCCAAGAAAGAGUUAAUCUUUCCGCACCCUUGUUACCUAAAGAAGAUCCAAUCUUCACAUACUUAUCACGGAGGCUGGGAAGAAGUAUAGAGGAAAUAGGUCAUCGUAUUUAUGACGGGCUAAUGAAGAACUCAUCUUCCUGGGUACUCUAUAAUAUGGCUUCUUUUUACUGGCGAAUAAAGAAUGAGCCAUACCAAGUAGUAGAAUGUGCUAUGCGUGCCCUUCAUUUUUCUUCAAGGCAAAAUAAAGAUAUUGCACUGGUAAAUUUGGCAAAUAUCCUGCACCGGGCUCAUUUCUCUGCAGAUGCAGCUAUUGUGGUCCAUGCAGCUCUGGAUUACAGUGACUUCUUUACCAGCUAUUACACUUUGGGAAAUAUAUACGCAAUGCUUGGAGAGUACAACCACUCAGUCCUGUGUUACGAUCAUGCUCUACAGGCCAAACCAGGGUUUGAGCAAGCUGUAAAAAGGAAGCAUGCUGUCCUAUGUCAGCAAAAACUUGAGCAAAAAUUGGAAGCCCAGCAUAGAUCACUUCAGCGAACAUUAAAUGAAUUGAAGGAGUAUCAGAAGCAGCAUGACCAUUACCUUAGGCAACAAGAUGUUUUAGACAAGUACAAGCUCAUCCAGGAGGAACAAAUUUUGAGGAACAUCAUUCACGAGACACAGAUGGCAAAAGAAGCUCAAUUAGGGAACCAUCAGAUUUGUAGACUGGGCAACCAGCAGCAUAGCUUGCACUGCCAGUGGGACCAGCCUGUUCGUUAUCACCGCGGAGACAUUUUUGAAAAUGUGGAAUAUGUUCAGUUUGGUGAAGACUCUUCAACUUCUAGUAUGACAUCUGUGAAUUUGGAUCUUCAUGCAAACCAAAGCGACCACAGCCAGUCCUUGCAGUCUUCCCCUGUUGCUCGUUCUAUCGUUUCAGUGUGGAGUGUAGAAUCCCAUAGAGACAAACAGCAUAUUCUUUGGCCUCAGCGAUCAGAGUGCAUGAAAUCUUUCCCCAAAAUUCCUGAUCCAGAAGAACUGCCAACUUAUUUCCUGCCUCCAGAAAAUAGGGGAUUCAGAGUCCAGCCAAUCCUGAAUAUCCCAAGAGAUGCUGUCGGGCAUGGAGAAACCCAGGCACCAGACUGUUCUUCCAUUACUGAUGCUCGUAACAAUGAAUCUCUAAACAUACUGGUCAAGCAACUAGACAGUAAUCUAGAUUUGAAAUUCAAGAUGCCGGAUGAUCAGGCAAGACAAGUUUUGCAGUCUCGUAUCAACAAUCAAACUAUUACACAGGCGAAGAUAGGAGCGUUUCUAGAUCAUGCCAUGAAAAAGCCAGAAGAUCCUCUAUGGCUUGUGCUUAAUGAAGCUGGAUUGUACUGGCGUGCAGUUGGAAAUAGCACCUUUGCUAUCACCUGUUUGCAAAAAGCAUUUAAUUUGGCUCCACAUGAGUAUCAGGACAUCCCUCUGGUCAAUCUUGCUAACCUCUUGAUUCAUUAUGGUCUUCAUUUGGAUGCCAGCAGGCUCCUGCUGAAGGCUUUGGCCAUCAAUGCCUCUGAGCCCCUGACUUUCUUGAGCCUAGGAAAUGCGUAUCUGGCUCUGAACAACAUUAGUGGAGCCCUGCAGGCUUUCAGACAUGCGCUGGAUUUGACGACCAAGUGCUUGGAGUGUGAAAGCAGCCUGAAGAUGAUCCGCUGUUUGCAGUUUUACCCUUUUCUGUACAACAUCACGUCUUCUGGGUGCAGUGUGGAAAGACAUGGAGAAACCUCCUCUGAUUUAGCAUUGAGAAUUACACUAUCUAAACAUAGACUAGAGGCCAACAUAUCUCCUGGCCACUGUCAUGAGAAAAAUCCAGAUGGCAGCCAUGACAAGGAGAAAUACUUUGAUGACCACCACGAGUCAGUUACAGCAGUAGCAGAAGGACACUCUGAGGGAGGUACAGAAGAUCCAGAAGUCCUUACUCAGAGUUCAGCAAGGGAUCCCUCCUUCUUGAGACUGGAAAACGCAGUAACUGCAGAAAGCAAUGGUUCGGAAGGAAUGGAGGGGUUAGAAGAUGAUCAGAUGUCUGAAGAGAUGCUGGCUUUGGUGGAUGAGUUUGAAAACUCUUGGCCUCAGGAAGCUUUUGAAGGGGCGCUGGAGGUAAAAGGCCGUCGGAUGGACUUGCAGGGAAUCCGGGUCCUAAAGAAGGGAUCUCAGGAUGGACUGGCUAGCUCCUGUUUUGGGGACUGUGGUGAUGAUGAUGAAGCUGAAUGGAUCACUUUUCAGGUCAAACGUUUAAAGAAGCCAAAAGCUGAAAGCUUGGAUCUCCAGGAGCCAGCUGGGAGAAACGGGGAAGAAUCGACUAGUGGAGAAAAUGAAAACUUUUACCAAACUGCCCUGGAGAUCAGUGGACCAAAGAUACCUUCUCCUGGACCAAUAGGAAAAAGACGUGAUUAUCGUAGCCUUGGCUGGCCAAGUCCUGAUGAAUGCCUGAAGCUCCGCAGGGUAGAGCUUACAACUGUAGCCAGCACAUGGCUUGCUGUUUCUGCUAAAAACAUUGACAUUACAGAACACAUUGAUUUUGCCACACAGCUGCAAGAACCAGCCAUGGAACCCCUUUGUAACCCAAAUCUACCAGCCAGUAUGCAUACUUUGGACCACCUGCAAGGUGUCUCUAGCCGGGCCAGCUUGCAUUACACUGGAGAAAGUCAACUGAAAGAGGUGCUACAGAAUCUGGGCAAAGACCAGUACUCACCACAGUCAUUAGAACAAGUUGGUACUCGAAUAGCCAAAGCUUUGGAAAAGAAUCAGACUUCAUGGGUCCUCUCUAGCAUGGCAGCUCUUUACUGGAGGGUGAAAGGCCAAGGAAAGAAGGCAAUUGAUUGCUUACGGCAAGCAUUGCACUAUGCACCCCAUCACAUGAAGGAUGUACCACUAAUAAGCCUAGCAAACAUCUUCCACAACGCAAAACUCUGGAAUGAUGCCAUCAUUGUGGCUACCAUGGCCGUGGAAAUAGCCCCACACUUUGUGGUGAAUCAUUUCACACUGGCAAAUGUCUACGUAGCAAUGGAAGAGUUUGAAAAGGCAAUGAAAUGGUAUGAGUCAACACUAAAACUUCAGCCAGAGUUUGCCCCAGCAAAGAAUCGAAUCCGCACCAUUCAGUGUCAUUUACUCAUGAAAAAAGAGCGACGGUCUCCGUAGAGAUCAGCAUCUUUUUCUUUUUUAAAAAAAUGUCAUUAUUCUCUAUUCUGCUUUUAAGUGUGCUAAGAUAAAUUGAUGAAUCAAAAUUUUUAACAAGACUUUUAAAAAGAGAUGGGAUUUGGAUCAAGGGUUCUUUUAUUUUUUUUUUUCCUCAAAUAUAGGAGCAUCUUUGGAGAAAAUAUUUCACAGACCAUAAUUUUAAAACAUCCGUGUAAAUAUUAAACCAAGAAACUUCCAUGAGUCCAUGACCACCUGUACCAGGACCCAGGCACUGUUAGUUUUUCCUUAAUGCUCAGAUUGGCAUCAGCAUCCAAAAUAACUUGCUUCAUGUCUUACGAUCUAAGUCAAUGGAAAUGCAAAGCACAGACCCGUACCAAAUAGUAAGAAGAGAUAAUCAGCAAUUUGUCCAUCUGAAACUCAUGCUUUGUCCAGUCUCGUUCACUCCAUACCACAUUAUCUGCUUUUUUGGAAGGAGAGGGACAGGAUUUUAAAUGUUUAUAAAAAACAUCAGGAACAUCAAGCGUUUUUUUAAUUGUUUAUUUCUGUCAGGGGAUGAGGAGGGAAUGAGGAGGAGGGAACAGCAGGACACUAAAGUGGUUUUUAAUCUUACUUGCAGGGAAAAAAAAAAAUCACUAAAAAUCCCAGUAAGAUAUUUCAUAUUUGUCUAUAUAUUCAUAGCCCUCUGCCUCCCUGAAUGGUUGAUUUACUAAUUCUUUGUUCACUGUAUUUUUAGCCAUUUCAGAAUAAGGUGCAAGUUUAUGCUCACUCUGAGCCAUACUUUCAGCUGCCGAGGAGGAAGAGGGAGGAGGUGUCAAGGUAUCAUCAGCAAAUAAGUCAGGUGGAAGAUUUCCAAAUCAGUUCUCUUUGGUUGGUGGAGGACAUGAUUCUCCAGACAUCAUUGUUGAAUCAACAAGGGCACAUAUUUGAAAUAAAAUAAAUUGUUUAUGACCAAAA